GUAUUGUCAGCUUGACGUCUGAAUUGACAAAUGGCACUAUUGACAGUUGAUAGAUUUCUAGGGGAGGUGUAAAAAUACAAAUUACGAUUGCAUUUUGCCUAUUAUACCGCAAAAAAUUACCUAUUCCACUACAAUAAAUACGAAAUAUCAAACUAAAUAAAAUGUCUAGGCAAACGUCGCGAUUAGAUGCUAAAAAAGUUAAUUCGGAAUUAUUAACGCUUACCUAUGGCGCUCUGGUGUCCCAAAUGUUGAAAGAAACUGAAAACGUAGAGGAUGUGAACAAACAGUUGGAAAGAAUUGGCUACAACAUGGGCGUGAGGCUCAUUGAGGACUUCCUGGCACGGACCACGUCGAACCGUUGUUUGGAGAUGAGAGAAACUGCCGACAAAAUACAGCAAGCGUUCAAACUGUACCUAAGCAUGCAGCCAACAGUAACAAGCUGGAGCAGU